UGCGCACACCAUGCUGGAACCAUGCGCUACAUCCGCUUCCUCAAAACGCCGCGCAUCGCCGCCGACAAGCGCACCGGCAAGCCGCACGCCACGUGCCUGAUCGCCCUGACCUCAGACCUGGGCGACUCAACGCUCCCCUACGACACGCCGCUGGUCGCCGACCUGCUCUCCGCCCGCGAUGAAGUCGUCGCGUCGCGCACCGCACUCUGGCCCGCGGGCGCCCGCACCCUCGCCAUCAGCCUGCCGCUGAAGCCCGCGUUCCCCGCGGUCCUGCGCCUGCGCAUCAGCACCGCGCCCGCGGCCGCCCACGACACCUUCGCCGCGCUGUGCGCCGCCGCGCCCGCCGUGCUGUCCGCCUGGAGCGCCGAGUUCAGCCGCGCGCCUGCGCCGCCGCUCGUGCAGCGCCGCCUGCGGAUUGCGCACCGCACCGUCAGCGUGUGGGAGGAGACGGGCGACAGCAUUGCGCGGCACCUGUGGGACGCGGGGAUUGCGCUGGCGAGCGCCGUGGGCGGGCUGGCGACGGCUGCUGACCCGGCAACAGCGACGUCGACAUCGCCGUCGACGACUACAGACCCAGCCCCAAUCCACCCCCCCGACCUCGCAUCCGCUCUCAACCUGCCCCCCUCAGCCCUGGCAUCCGGCCUCACCGCCGUCGAACUCGGCACCGGCACCGGCCUCGUCGGACUCACCCUGGCCUCGCUCCUCCCGCACGCGCACGUAGUCCUCACCGACCUGCCUGCCGCGCGCAGCAUCGUGGCGACGAACAUCGCGGUGGAGAAUGCAGUGCUGGCCGAGGGCGCGCGCGUGCGGUUCGAGGAGUGGGACUGGGACGGCGCGGUGCCGGGGUGGGUUGGGGAAAUGAGCGAGGUGAGUGAGCGCAGCGACGUCAGCGAGGUCAGCGCGACCAGCGAGACCAGCGAGACCAGCAGCGCGAAGGCGGCCAGCAGCACGACCACUCGCGCGCAAAAGCGAGAGACCGAAAACGAGCCCGAGAACCGCGCGCACCCCAACGCAAAGAAACGCAUAGACCUCGCCCUCGUCGCAGACUGCACCUACAACCCCGACAGCAGCCCGGCCCUCGUACGCACGCUCUCGCGCCUCGCAGCCCUGAACCCGCGCCUCGCCGUUGUCGUCGCGCUCAAGACGCGGCACGCCAGCGAGGCCGUGUUCUACGAGCUCAUGGCCGACGCGCGGUUCGAGGAGGCGGCGCGGCGGGUGUGGGAACUGCCGGGGGAUGAGGGGGUGGGCGGGGAGAGGGUCGAGGUUUUUGUGUAUCGGUGGGCGGGGGCGGGUGAAGCGGUCGGGCACGAGAGGGAGGGUGGGUAA